GGCGACGCGAGACGCUGAGCCCGGGGCUGGUGCGUGCGGGCGCCCCUGAGACCUGAGCCCCAUGGCGCAGAAACCUCUCAGCACCGCUGCGGCCGAGCGCAUGAACCUCGUGGCCCAGGACGAGAUCUGGAAAUACCGCCUAAAGGCUGAAACUGAAGCACGGCAAAACUGGGCCCAGAACUGGGGAUUUUUAACAACCCCUCUCGAGGAGUUGCUCAAGGGUGAAGAAAAACCCCCCACCCCAAAGCCUAAAAUCGAGCUUCCCGAGCAGUUCCGCAUCCGGCCCGUGACCCCAGUGGAGAAAUACAUCAAGAUCCUUCCAUCCCCCCCAAUCCCGAAGACAACCCAGGGCUUCAUCGGCUGGAGAUCCGGGGUGCCUGGCCUGAACAAGUGUCUGGAGCACGAUUAUGAGAUCAGAAGCUGCAAGGGGGCAUAUGCCAAAGAGCUAGGCUGGCCGAAGCAAGGCAUCCACUGAGUCCAGACAGACUGCAGGCCCUGGGCAAGAGCGGGUUGACCCAACCACCAGGCACCCAGUGUCCAUGCCCAGGAAGGGGAGCGCUCCCCCAGCAGAUGGGGUUCCCCUCCACAUUUGCUCAGUGGAUGUUGCAAAGAACAUGAAAUAGCCCUUUGACUUUUUCAGUUCAUCAGCCCUCCCUUCCAGAACAUUCUCAUCACACACUCAUUCUUGGUUAAUGUAAUGAA